AUGAAUAGUGAUUACCCGUCCGAUUGUACGGCAAGUUGUGAAGCUUCGUGCACUAGAGGACGUAAAAUUUUUUCACCAAGGGUUGAACUGCAAUUAGAUCCUAAUUACGAGAAUUUUAUCGUACAUGAGCUAGAGGAUAGAUCCCAGUCUGUGCCACAGUACUUCACCAACCAGUGGGACGUAGAAAUGGCUGACAAUACAAUGAAGAACAACACUUGGGAAAUCGAUCAGUCCAUCAGAUCAGAUCAGAAGUAUGAAGAUUACGACCUUCAGGAUAACCAGCCCGAAAUGAAUAAGAACUAUUUCGAAGCAAAUGAUAUUUACGACCCAGAAGAUAACCACCCGGAAAUCAAAAAGAAGUCCACUGUUCUAGUCUUAGUUGUCAAUUCCGCAGCCAUUUAUCCAAAUGACAAUAAUCCGUCUCCAGCUCCCUCAAAUUUUGGCCAUCAAACGGAACAAUAUAUCCCAGAAAGACAAAACGAUGCUCGAGCAGCUCGAGCGAACCAUCAAGACCUCAGACCUUGCUGUGGACAACGGCCAAUCAAUGGUCAAAGGGAUCAUGCGCCCCAGAACUCUUUCCAAAAUCAGCCGCAAGAUCAGGAUCUGUGCUCGUGUCAGGAUGGCAAUGAGGAGUGCUAUGGUGAGAAUUCAAAUGCGAUGGACUGCCAAUGUGAGCCAAUGUGUGAUUGCGACUGUAACUGCGAUUCAGGAGGUGGUCAGGUGACAAAUCAAAUGGGCCAGGUGAUAAAUGAGUUGGGCCAGGUGACAAAUGGGUUGGGCCCGGUGACAACUGAGAUGGGUUACGCACUUUUAAACCUGCUGGAGCAGCACAGAGCUGCGGCAGAACAGAAAGCAAAAACCAAAACUACAACAAAUAGGAAAGCUACAAGCCAGAAAAGAAGAGCCCAUAAAACAACAAAUCAGAAGUCAGCAAGCAGGAAAGCAGCAGACAUGAAAGGCACAUUCUACAAUCGAUUCUCAACGCCACCUUUUGUGAUCGAGCCAAAGCCUCGUUGCUACUUCAUCCGAGGUCCGGUAUGCUGCAACACGUGCAACACGUGCAACAGUUGCAACAGCUGUCGCUGCUGUUAUCAGUACUAGGAGAAGUGAAUCAGAGAUAGGGAAACCAAAAUAAAUCGAAAAACCAAAACCGAGAAAUCUUUGUCAAAGUGUGGAAUUUAAUUGUUGUAUAAAUUGUGUUGUGACUCGACCUAGAGCUUUACUCUUUGGCAUUUGGUAAAGCAUGAUGGGUUUACGUAAAAAGCGACGCUCUUCCAAGCAAACUCUGCUCCGAAAGGCUAUCAAGAGGACAAGCGAUGUGGCCGUUAGGUCGCCAAUGUACGACUUGCCCAAAUCUCGAACCAGCCCACAAGCAAAGACCAUCACAGUCGUGAGCUCAAUCAACAGGGAUGCCCAGCUCAAGCAGAUCAUGCAGCACUGCCUGUCGAACAACUCAGCUUCCGGCUGGGAGCCCAGGGAGCACUUGUACGGCGGGUCGAACUUAAGAUCCGCUAAAUCAAUACCCAAACGAAACUUUGUCAAUGACAUUGGACUUGACCGCGAGCCCUCGAGAUCUUCCAAGUGGUCGAGAGCUAGCUCCUCUGGCUAUCCCUCUAGUUGGAAUUUGGAUGUGUCGCGAUGCGACGAACUGGACGACUCGUUCACUGAUCGGAUCAGUCUAAACAAGUUUCUCAACUGCAAACCCAAAGUCGGUCGAAGUCUGGCACAGCGGAAGAAGAAAUGCAGUACGGGUGUACAAUGUAGGAUACCUCAUCUGUCCAGGCAGACACGUUUCAAGGCCAGAUCGAAAUUAUCCUCGCUUAGCAUAACUCAAAUCGGACUGGUUGAACCAAUCGCUGGAAGAUACGACAAACAGUUUCAAGAUGCGCCACAGCGAGUGCCUAGUGGAGAGGCGAGACUGAGUACAAAUAGCUUGUUGCAAAAUAAUGGAAAUGAAAACAGAACUAGGCCCUUCAAUGGCGGUUACACCUCAUCGGAUUGCAGUUGUGAAUGGGAUUGCGAUAAAGUCAUUUACCCAAAGCAAUCGAAUGUAUACAUUGCCCAUGAAAACGAUAACCAAAUUCAGGCUCUAAGUCGAUCGUCGCCUGAUUCGCAUCGUGAUGUAGAUGAGAGCAACACAAGAGUCUCGAGUCGUACAAGGCAACAGAAGGGUAAUGAAAAAUAUGUAGAUAUCGGUCACAGCAGCCAUGAGGAAGGCAAACGAAGGAACUCAAGUCCCAAAAGCCAAGAAAACGGCAAUCGAAGGGGGCUUUCUAAAAACCAAGUAGAGAGCAAACGGGGGAACUCAAGUGCCAGGGGCCAAGUAAUCGGGAACAAACAGAUUGGUAUGAGCGAAGAUGAGUGCAAUGAAAUAGUCAGGCGAAGAAAUCAAGGAAGGGGAACAGAGAGUCGUAGAAACCAACAAAACGGCAAGGGAAAUGGCAUUAAAAUAAAAGAUCGUAGAAUGCAGAAAGGCUGCGCUAGGUUCCUCUGUCCGAAAGCUAUCGGAAAAUCGGAUCAUUUCUGUUACUGCAAUGCAGAAGAGAAUAUGGAUAUGCAGGGCAACCCACAACCGGAUGAAGUAUGCCAGUGUGAGUAUUUCGAGACCGACGAGCCGAGUGGAAAGCAAAAUGCGAGCAAAGAAAAAAUAAUAGGGAUAGCGAGACCUCAAAGUUUUGUCCCAGAAUCAAUGUCCAGUUCAAGACAAUUAAUAGGUCAAGAUUCGGAGCACAGCUCAAGAGAAGGCGAAACUCAAAAUCGUAAAGCUCAGUUAGGAACCAUGUCAAGCUCACGACAAUCAAGAUUUCAAACCCAAACAAAAUCUGCAAGAAGCUCAAGCUCUCAUGCAGCGACUGGGACCUUGAGAGAAGUGCGAGACUCGACGUCUAGAAACAAAAAUAAGAACACUGAAGUAGGUAAUCGAAAAAAGAAGAGCAUAGGAGGAGACUUGAAUAGUUCAGCGCAAGUUGAUGUCAACAGAUGCAUGAAGGUGCCCUGCCCAAAGGAUGGUAGAAAGGCGGACCAAGGGAGUUUCAAAACUAAUGAGAUGCAUUACUGUUAUUGCAAAGCAAUCAAAAGUGGAACUCAAGAACCGAGCGAAGGAUGUCAUUGCGCCAAUUUCGAUAGCGACGAACCGGACGGAGAACAAAAUGCGAACGUAAAUGAAAGAAUGAUCGAAGACGAACGCUCAAGAACCAAUCGCAGCGGGGUAGCAACAGCUCCAAGUUCUGACCCAGAAGCAAUGUCUAGUUCAAGACAUUUAACAGCUAUGAGCUCAAGCCAAUCUAGGCCUCUAGAUGGUAGCCAAAAAUCAGCCCAGCGCCUUAGAGAUGGAACUCAGAAUCCUAAGUCAUCAGCCUUUGCAGCAUCGACAUCGAAAAGUACAUCAAAACAAUCUGGACAACUGGCAUCUGCUCGAUCAUCGCCUAAGCGAUCGAGGCCAGGAGCAAUGUCUAUCUCAAGACAACUAGGUGCUGACAGUCCUAAGCAAGAAUCUAUUUCAGUGCCAAAGCGAAAUGCAGCGCGUACAGAUCAAAGUACCACGCAGACUUCAAAUAAAUCUGUGGCCAUUUCCAACGCCACACCGAAUUCUGUCCAGUUUACGAGCCACCAAUAUGAAGUGUGUGACCCCUCGAAUCAGCCGUGGUGCAUGUUUGGUAAUCCACAGUGGUCAAACAAUUGUCAAUAUCAUGGUUGCUCAAACAGGGAACAGACAUGGAGGAGUUGCAAUGGACACAGGAUAUGCAAUUGCUAUUGCCAAUGUUGCUUAAGGGCUCUCAAUAAUCAGAAUUCUAUACACCCUAAUUCGGCAGCGACUUGGGUGGAAGAAGGUGCAGAGGGAGAGCAGCUCAAAGGACCGUUGGGAUCGAGUCCUGGAUCAAGCUUAAGGUCUGCAGCGAACACGGUUAGGAGCCUCGAUUCGAAAACGGACUCAAAACUGUAUUCGCCACAGGGCUCUGGAUUGGUCUCGGACUCGAAAACAUACCAAGUCCCAGGGAAAACCUCUUCUAGAUUUCCGGAUAAGAGCGCCGCAAAACUAGUGGAUAAAAAACUGGCCAGAUCAGCAGAGGAAUGCCAUUCGAUCUGUCCCAAUUGCGGCAUUAAUAUUAAUGAGUUUAUACGGAAUUCUAAAAACAAAAACAAAGGAUAUCCCCCAAUCACUGUUGAAGAGGAUAAAAACAUUUAUCAGUCGCCAUUGCAAAUGAAUCUAUCCAAACAGCAAGGGAAUGGGAAAUCAUACGAAAAUAAUGACAGGAAAAAGGAAAGCAGUACCAAGCCUCAUUGCAAUUGUGCCACCUGCACGAGGGAGUGCAAACGGUGCAAGAUAUUACCAGCUGAGGGCAAAAAGGGCGAGCCAUUGGUAAAUCUCGUCGUGAGUGACAAAUGCAAUAUACAGCAGUUAAUUGAGAUACUGAAUGAGACCAGUGCAAAGCUGGAGGAACAGCAGAAUUUGGUGAACCAAUCCGUUGGGAAAACGGCUACAGCAGAACCUGUAUUCAAUUUCGAUGGUAACAUUGCAAAUAACAAUUGGACUUCAAGCAAUCCGAAUAAUAUCGAUAAGCAUCAGAUGAUGGGGAAUCAUAAUACGCAGUCUAAUCGGAGACAGGAUAAUCUCAAUGUGAAUUAUAAUUCUCCACCCCCUAAUGCAUAUCCACAAUACGAUCCGCGAUUAUCGCAGACAUACGAAGCUCCAAACGCUGGUACUUUCCCAAACUCCGUGAGAAUUCUCACACAAACCGAAUACGAUUAUCCCGAUCCAGCUGCUGGAGCAUACCAGCCUAACGCUUCGUAUAGAGGUGAAUGCACCUGCUAUCCAACAUUAAAUAAUUAUAUACGUAGGUGCAGUGGCUCUACUUUUCCUAACUGUACAGGUGACAGUGCCCAGACCAGCCCAGUCGGAAAACAAGCAGUUCUACAGAAGAAUUUGAACUCAAAAUCCUUCUUAGAACUUCUUGAUCUGACAAUGGCCGUAAAAGAGAAAGGGGCCCUUCAGAAGGACAAAGUUUUUCAACCUAUGCAGAAUAUGCAAAUAUCUAACGAAGAGGAAAGGACUCUUAAAGUGAGCGACUACACAGUUCAUACGAAUACCAAUGGUGAACAAUCGGAUAGGGUUUAUAAAGACAUUAAUCCAACUCAACCUCCAUUUUAUCUAAAUGAAGUAUUUAAUAAUCCGUCAAUAGAGAAAUUUAAGGGUAAACCAGAAUAUGAGAAUAGAAAAAAUGUUGAUAAAUUUGAAUGCAAUUUCUAUAAAAUCGAUGAUAGAGGCAAUAGAUCAUGUCAACGGAAAAGGUUUUCGGAUAUAGAACACCCAGGCCACCCUCGGCGUAAGGCAGAAGCUCUUCAUCAAAGUCAAGAAAAAGCUCUAAGAAAAAAAUUACUACGAAAACAAUUUGAGCUAGAGCAAAACACAUCUGAUUCGGAUUACUUUAGAGCAGCUAGUUAUACGCCAGAAAUUAGAAUAUACGAUUUAAGAGAACGAGACAUUAGAGAGAGGAAAAGGUCUGGAUUUGAUCAAAUGAAACUAAGUGAAAGUUCACCCAAGUCGUACGGCUUCGACUCUUGUAGACGAGUUUCAACAAGCUCAGAAAUGAAAUUAAUGGAACGCGAAGCACUCUACAAUGACAAGGAAAUACAAUCGGAAACAUCAUAUAUUGAUUCGCAUUAUAGACGUCGACUUCCAAGGAAAGCUGAUUCUCUGCGAUACAGGCAAAAAAGUUAUUCAAGAUUCCAAAAUCUUGCUGCAAGGCGUUCAAAAUACAGGUAUCUUUUGCGUAGACGAGAAAAAGAUAAGAACGAAACCUCAAAUCUCUACAUGAGGAGCGAAACAAGAUCUAAAAUGCUUCUAUCAAGGAAUAAAAUGAAGGCUAAUGCGAUUGGAGAAAGUCCAAAGAAGUCCAACUCACGAAGCAGUUUUCCAUUUAGGAACAGCCAAAGAAUUAUAAAUAAAGUCGUUCCACUAGCAAAAGAAUUAAAUGAAUCCAAAAAAAAUUUCACAAUGAGAUCAAAAGUUGAAAAAAAAGAAAACACAUAUUUUGAUUAUUCGGAUUAUUCGCAAUUGGAUCACGCAGAAUCUAAGAAUUCGAAAUCGAAAAAUCAACAUCUUCCUAUCAGAAGAAUGACAGAAGAAAUGAGAGUAAAUGAAAGACCAACUUAUGUGGAAUCAAGAAGCAGAGUAUUUCCGAAUAAAUUGCUGGAAUCAAUAAAAGAAAGAAAUAGCAUUAAAGGAGAAAGUGAAAGAUCAGAUGCUUCGGUAUUAAGAAAAAUGGAAUCAAGAAACAGACUCAAUCCAUUCAGAAACAAAAUAGAGGAAAGGAAGUCAGAUCAUUCGGAGUAUAAAAGUUUUGAAGCAAAGCGCCGACUUUUUGCUAACGAAGGACAAAUUAAAGUUAAAACAUAUAAAUCAGUAAUAGGUAACUUAAAUUCAAAUAAAUCUGUUACAUCCUUCAGCCACAAAAGUGAAAAGAAAGCCAAAGAUGAAAGUUUAGAUUUGAAAGCCAUGUCUUUUCAGCCAAACUCAGUGAUAAGUAAAACAAAACGUGAUAAGUGUGAGCUACCUGAAAUAAAAGCAGUUAAAGAUCGAUUAGAAUCUAUACACAAGUCACGUUUUUCAGCUCCUCUUCGCCAAGAGAAAGUUCUUAAGAAAUGCGCCCCCAUUCCUCCACCUAAACCAGUCAAAAAAGGAGCCUCUAGACCAAGUGAUGCCGUCUCUGCUUCUAACCACAAACAACAUCGAGCAGUUCGAAGUUUGCAACAAAAUCAAUCCGAUGGCGAUGAUAUUAAAGUGCUAUACGAUUCAAGCUCUAAAUUUUCGAGGCACAGCUGUGGAGAUGGAGACACAAACACCGAUUGCGAACCAGAUACCAAGCCUAGAACAAGUCAAAAUAAUUUCUUUUCCAUGUUAUUAACUCGAGACAAGCUUACGGACUCCAAGCGAUAUUCCUGAUAAUCAACCAAGACAAAUUUAUUAAGUCAACUCCAAAAUUUUCAAAAAUUCGCUUCGAUAGUAAAUUAAAUUAAAAUUGCAACAAAACA